AUGUUAUUAAUUACCGAUCCUUUUGAAUUGACUAAUUCUAAGCUUGAAUAGAUGGAAUUAAAAUUAACCUUUGAUGUCUAAUUUUUAUUAGGAAUAGAACUAAAUUUCAAUUCUCCAAGAAUUCAAUAGGCUAUGUAGAAUUUGAAUAUGAAAGAAGAAGAACUUAUUCAAAAGAAGUAUUCUACUUUCUAACUUCCAGAAGAAGAAUACUUUAUUACAGAACAAAGAUUUAUGUUGCAUUUACAUCAAGUGGCACAUAAAAGGAAAAUUUUAAUCAAACAGAGAAAUAAAAUUAAAAAAGAGGAAUUAGAGAUCUAAAAACUUGACUAAUAAAUGACAAGAUAAUUUUAUAAAUAAUUAUUAAUCAAUAAAAUUAUACAUAAAGUGAUGUUCUUAUUAAUUAAAACAUUGAAAAUGCAAUUUCUUAAUUAGAUAAAAAACUUGAAUUAUAGCAGCUUAAAAGAGAAAGAAAUGAAUAAAUGAUGAAAAAUAAAAUUAAAGAAUUGCUUGAAGAAGAAUUAAAGCAAAUUAAUGAAUAGAAAUUAAUGGAGGAAGAAAAAAAAAGGAUUGAUAAUCUAAGAAAAAAAUCUUUGAAAACUGUUAGCGAUAGAGCGCAUAGUUUUAAUAAAAAAACGGAAUUCAUUGCAAAAAAGCAUUAAGAAUAAAUUUUAGAAUAGCAAGAAAACGCAUUUUAAAAAAAGAGGGAAAAUUUGGAAAGGGAAAUGCUAUAGUAAAAAUACUAAUUUAAUUAGGUCAGAAGAAUAAAGAGGGAUAAGUCAAAGCAAAAUUAAGUAAAGAGAGAAAGGUUUUAAAGAUUGUGUAAAAUAAAAACAGACCAAUGACAGAAUUUAACAGUUAAAAUAAUAAGAAAUAGAAUAAUGCAAUUAACUUUAUAAAAAAAUUGAAUAAAAGUUAAAUAAAUCUCAUGCAAAUCGAAUUGGUUAAUAGGAUAACUAGAAAGCUAAUGUUAUAUUAAACUAAUCAUAGUUUAAAAUGGAUGAAACACAAAAAUAUCUUGAAAAAUAUAUAGAAAAAUAAAAUAGAUUCAGAAAAAAUUCUUAAAAUUCUUAAACUUCUUCAACUUAAACAUCAAACUUGAAAAAAAGAAAGAAUUUAAAAGAGUAAAUAGAAUUUCAAAAACAAGAUAAUAUUUCUUUUUUAGAUGAAAAUAAUUAAGAAAAAAUGUUAACUAAAUUAUUGUAACCUCAAUUAAAUAAGAAUAAUAAAUCUCGAAGUUUAGUAAAUUUAGAAAAAGUUAAAUUCUAAUAGUUAGAGAAAGUAAAUAAAGUCCUUGAAAAAUAAAGAUCUGGCAGUGUAGUUCAAUUUUAAAUUAAAGAAAAAAAGGACAUUUUAAGAGAUGUAAGCAGAAGUAUUUUCUUGAAAAAAAGUUUAUACUAAGAGCUUUAAAAUGAUAUUACUAAANAAAAUUAUACAUAAAGUGAUGUUCUUAUUAAUUAAAACAUUGAAAAUGCAAUUUCUUAAUUAGAUAAAAAACUUGAAUUAUAGCAGCUUAAAAGAGAAAGAAAUGAAUAAAUGAUGAAAAAUAAAAUUAAAGAAUUGCUUGAAGAAGAAUUAAAGCAAAUUAAUGAAUAGAAAUUAAUGGAGGAAGAAAAAAAAAGGAUUGAUAAUCUAAGAAAAAAAUCUUUGAAAACUGUUAGCGAUAGAGCGCAUAGUUUUAAUAAAAAAACGGAAUUCAUUGCAAAAAAGCAUUAAGAAUAAAUUUUAGAAUAGCAAGAAAACGCAUUUUAAAAAAAGAGGGAAAAUUUGGAAAGGGAAAUGCUAUAGUAAAAAUACUAAUUUAAUUAGGUCAGAAGAAUAAAGAGGGAUAAGUCAAAGCAAAAUUAAGUAAAGAGAGAAAGGUUUUAAAGAUUGUGUAAAAUAAAAACAGACCAAUGACAGAAUUUAACAGUUAAAAUAAUAAGAAAUAGAAUAAUGCAAUUAACUUUAUAAAAAAAUUGAAUAAAAGUUAAAUAAAUCUCAUGCAAAUCGAAUUGGUUAAUAGGAUAACUAGAAAGCUAAUGUUAUAUUAAACUAAUCAUAGUUUAAAAUGGAUGAAACACAAAAAUAUCUUGAAAAAUAUAUAGAAAAAUAAAAUAGAUUCAGAAAAAAUUCUUAAAAUUCUUAAACUUCUUCAACUUAAACAUCAAACUUGAAAAAAAGAAAGAAUUUAAAAGAGUAAAUAGAAUUUCAAAAACAAGAUAAUAUUUCUUUUUUAGAUGAAAAUAAUUAAGAAAAAAUGUUAACUAAAUUAUUGUAACCUCAAUUAAAUAAGAAUAAUAAAUCUCGAAGUUUAGUAAAUUUAGAAAAAGUUAAAUUCUAAUAGUUAGAGAAAGUAAAUAAAGUCCUUGAAAAAUAAAGAUCUGGCAGUGUAGUUCAAUUUUAAAUUAAAGAAAAAAAGGACAUUUUAAGAGAUGUAAGCAGAAGUAUUUUCUUGAAAAAAAGUUUAUACUAAGAGCUUUAAAAUGAUAUUACUAAAAUAAAAUAAAAUGUUUCGAAAAAUUACCUAGUAAAAUAGAUUUCUAAAUUGGAUUGUUCUGAUUUAGUUCAAAAAUAUAUUAAAUGA